CAAAAAAAUAAAUAAAUUUUGACGUAUGCAUUUUGAGUACUUUUCAGGACGUAGUACACAGAGUAUGUGACGUAUUACCCGUGUUUCCGUUCGGCCAGUGUGUCAAUUGUUGUUGUUUUAAAGGCGCUCAGUGAACUGAACAGGUACAGAAUGCUACGUCUGCGUUGCAAAGCCAAAAACGGAACCCAUCUGAUGCAGGGCCUUACACACCAAUCUUGUGUCCGGGAGCUUAAAGAUAAGAUUGAGGAGCUAACAGGAAUACCAUGUGAUGUACAGAAGAUCAUGGUAGGCUAUCCACCGUCCAGUCUGGAUCUACGCAACGGGGAAGCCCACCUCAAAGACUACCCUAUCAAAUCAGGAGACACGCUGAUUGUAGAGGAGGAGAAGAAUAAACCCAAACCUCAAACGCAAACCACUGUGACUAAAGGCCCCACUUUCGACCUGGCUCCAGUUCUAGAGCGCCGCGUUGUCCCUGCCGACAACUCUUGUCUGUUUACCAGUGUGAACUACGUUAUGGAAGGGGGUGUGUACGACCCAGCCUGUGCGGCUGAGAUGCGUGGGCUCAUUGCACAAAUUGUAGCCAGUGACCCCACCGCAUACUCGGAGGCAGUAUUGGGCAAGACUAACGAGGACUAUUGCACCUGGAUCCGUCGAGAUGACACGUGGGGAGGCGCCAUUGAGGUUUCAAUCCUCUCUAAGUUCUACCAGUGUGAGAUUUGCGUUGUUGACACUCAGACUGUGCGCGUCGACCGUUUCGGUGAGGAUGCGGGUUACACUAAACGAGUGCUGCUUAUUUAUGAUGGUAUUCAUUAUGACCCGCUCCAAAAGGUGAUGCCCAGUGCAGAUGUUCCUGCACAGACUGUGUUCUCCACCACUGAUGACAUCAUUUUGGCCCAGGCGCUGGAGCUCGCGGAUGAGGCGCGGAGGAAACGUCAGUACACAGACGUCAACCGCUUCGCUCUGCGCUGCAUGGUGUGCCAGACUGGCCUGGUGGGACAAAAGGAAGCAAGGGAGCAUGCUAAGGAGACCGGGCACACCAACUUCGGGGAGGUGUGACGCUCUCUUCGCUAUAUCCUUGAAAUCACUCCCACCUUUGCCGCGUCACUGCCACGCCACUUGACAUGGUACCCGCUCUUUCACUGCUGCCUGUUCCAGCUUGGUACAGUCCUCUACCUCACAUUGUCUAGCGGCUUCAGGAGACUUUCACGUGUCGAGUUCCCAGAGAAUUCAGUAUUCUUUCAACUUUGGUUUGCUCUUGAGGUUGAAGUAUUAAAUUGUGCUCGUGUUUUUGAGUCUGUUGCCUGAUAUGACGACGAAGCCGUCUCUUCAAACCAAAUUUUAAAGGGAUUCUGCACUGAUUUAAAACCUCCAGUUUUUACAAUGAUUAUAAUACUAAUAUUAAUGUGAAUCUUGCGAAACACAUCCAGGUCAUAUUUCAAAUAUCAAAGAAGGAAAAAAGAAAUAUUGUGUGUAUGUAUGUAUGUAUAUAUAUAUAUAAUAUAUAUACACAUACACACACUCAUAUAUUAGUGCUGUCAAACCGAUUAAUCACGAGUAAUUGCAUAUAACAAAAGUUUAUAUUUAUAUAAUAUAUGUGUGUGUAUAUAUAUAUUAUUAUAUAUUAUACAGAUACACACACACAUAUAUAUAUAUGCAUACAUAUAUGUGUGUGUGUGUGUAUAUAUGUAUGUAUAUAUAUAUAUAUAUAUAUAUAUAUAUUGUACACACACACACACACACAAGUAUGCAUGUAUAUGUACACACUUAUAUAAACAAACUUUUGUUAGAUGCGAUUGAUCGAUUUGACAGCACUAAUAUAUAUAUAUAAGUGUCUUACGAUACCAUUCAAUUAAUAUUAAUAUAUUUUUUGCAUUGUGAUUUUAUUUUCAUGACAGUUAGGCACAUUUCCUCACAAAAUUCUAAUCUGAUAUUAUUUAAAUUGUGAAUUAUUUAUACAUCAUAGUAUUGAUUGUUGUACUGCUUUGCAUUUAUGCUGAUUUAAAUCAUUUUAAUUACAGUAAUUUUUAACUGUAAACUGUAAAUUACUGUAUUACAUUUAAUAAUUUAGUAUGAAAAUGACAUGAAAAUAAUUAUUUUUAAUGGCCGUAAAAUCAUUUUCUUUAUGCGAAGAAUAACUACUACUUUUUCUUCUAAUUUUAGUGUCAAAUGUGACCUAGACAUGUUUUCGCAAGAUUCACCCAUGACCUCAUGUUAACACUUUUCAGUUGUCUGCAGCUCAAAGAUGUCCUGAAGAGAUAACAAUCGUUUGACAAUGCUAGCUAAACUCUUAGUAGUACCUAACAACUAAUGAAACUUUUAAUGGGUUAUCAUGUAAGGCAUAAUAGUUUUUUUAAACAAAUGAAUUACAUAUGUUAAUCCUUUCACGCAUUAGGUGCUUCUGGAUAGUAUUUCAAAAUGGUGGAGCACAGCUAAAGACAUGCCUUUCAUGAUGAUUUAAACAUGGCAUUACUGUAUUUAUAUUAUCUGUCUUUUUAAGGUCAUACGCACAGCUUCUGAACAAUCGAUGGCACUACAUGAAGUCUUAUGUUCACUGGCUCCAUUGUACCUGUUACUUGAAAUAGUCUCAUAGAUCAAGUGUGUUUCUGAAUCCUCAGUAUGGUUUUUACACAUUUUGAGUAAGCUAGUUAGCUGGAAAGAGUGGAUUUUAAGCUGAAGUGGACAACAAUGGUGCUGAUAGUAGAAUCUCACUGAACUACUUUGUGAAUCAGUAGAUUUUGUUUUCCUUUGAAGGGCACUUGUGUAAUUUCUGCAGAUGACCACACAAGAUUGUUUUAUGCAAAUGUGUUUAUUCUCUCUCAAGUGACUAUGACAUAUUGUUAGGAAGAGUGAUUGUAGUGACUUUUGCUUUGCAUUUUAAGUGGAGAAAUAUGUCAUAUUGAACUUUUUCCUGCUUACAGGGCCAAUAUCGGAGGUUUAGGAACACGUUUAGUGUAGCAAAGUACCAUAGUAUUAAGAGUGUGGAUUAACUUUAGAGAGAAGACAUCUUGUAAGGCCUGAUGAUGUUGUACCUUCUCAGUAUUUUUCAGUCAGGUACUAUCCACACUGUUGUUUACUUGUUUGCAGCCUUUUUAUUUUGAAGAAAUGGUGCCAUUGUACGGCCAAAGGACUUUUUUUAUUUUGCAGUGGUUUUUCUAAAUGGCCGUGAUCAGUGUUUUACCAACUCUAAGGUAACUUUGAGUGAGAAACUGCAUGUACAACACUCAUUGCUACAAAAUCACUGGUUAUACUGGGUUAAUGAUAAAUAAACUUGAAUUGAUAUAUAUAAA